GCACGAGACCAACACCGGCAUCUCGUGAUUUUCAGGAAUUGAUCGAUCAAGUUUGGUUAUUGUGCACAUCGACCAUAACUGAAUUACUAGUAGCAGUGUUAUGGAACAGCUAGAAAAAAAAGGUCUAGUUUUUUGGGGAUCAUUUCCGCAAAAGACCGGUAAUACAAGCUGGUGCAGUUCGCUUGCUACUUCCCUUGCUUGCAGCCGGAGAAGUCGUCGAUCUGCACAGAUUUCUUGAAUCUCUAGCUCUAGCGAUCCAGAACAUAUUGUCCAAAGGAACAUGUCACUGCAGCUAUCGCUUCAAAACGUGAUACAAACUGCUCACGGCAGAGGUGAAUUUGUUGGUGGCGUCCAUGAAGCAGCACAACAGCUAGACGCAGGUGCYGAGAGCAUUGCGCUCUGUAUUUUGGUAGAUACGAAACAGGCUGAUCCUGGCAUUCAGAUCCAUUGUAGACUAAUCGAAGCAUUCUGUUGGGAGUUUCCUAUUCCUGUGAUCAAGGUAAAUAGUAGUAGAAAGCUAAUGAGCAUGGCUGGCUACARUUUGAAUAAUUCUGAGGCCAUUCACUGCAUACUUAUCAAGGCAAAUGGUGCCCUGAGCCCAUCAUUAGAAAAAAUCAUCAGGUACACACAGCUUAGACCAGCACCUAUGGUAAAAUUAAGAUGAAAGGCAGGAUUAAGCUCUUAAAUGGACUGCUGGAUUGUGUGGAUCAUAGGAAAGCAGCAGUAACCUUCACAGUUAUCUUGGAGGCACUAAAGGAUUAUUAUAGUAACAUUAUAACUAGAUUUUGAACUUUAAGGACUUUGAUAGUMAUGGCAGUUCUAUAAAAAGAAAAAAAUAUUUAUUGAAAAGUUUAAAAAAAUGUUGUAUAGAUGUUAUAUUUUUUGAAAAAAGGGGGAAAAUAUUUCAAAAAAAACAAGCAAUGAAAAAAAGGACUGUGCCAUGCUUACCAAUAUAUAUAACUUAUUCACACAUUUAACUUAAAUAACUGUUAGUUAGAUGACUUGCAAGAUAUUCUUUGAAGUUCAUUUCAAAUAUAAUUUUCUAAAUGCCAAAAAUAUAAAAAAAUGUCGGGACAAAAUGGACAAAAAUCCAAAAUUAAACAAAAAGAAUUAUUGAAUUGUUAAUGUUAUAAUAUUCAAUGUUAAACCCAUGAAAAUAAUUGUGGUUUUUCUUCGACCAUGAAAGUACAAAAUAGAUAGUCAAUUUCUUCCCUCAGUUGAAAGAAAACCACAGUAAUUUCAAAUUUACUUCAUGGAUUGAGARUUUACACUCUAUAUUUGAGACAAGUGUAGGUAAAUCUACCAAAAUGUUAAAUAAGAUUUUAUAAUUAUAUAMUGCAAACUCUAUACAUCUGUGAAGCAGGACUAUUUAUUUUGCAAGUGAACACWAAAAAAUAUGAUUUUCCCAAAGUUUUGAUCAUUUGUCAUAAUUUUAAUUUCUCUCAUUUUAUACAAAAAAAGUGUUGUUUUUUUUUCUUGACUAUUGUUAUCUUAUUUAUUUGACUGCCCAGGUGGUAAUUAAUGUUAUUCAUCUUAAGAUAUAGUAUUGUUUUACAGAUUAAGAGUUUGUGCUCUGAUAUCGUUGAGUUGUUGCCAUGGUAAUAUGAUAUAAAGUACAUUCAAUGAAUGCAAAAAAAAAAUAAAGUUCAGAUUUUGCAAACUAUUGUAUAGUUUUAGCAUGUUUAAUGAUGAUAUAUGUAUAAAAAUAAGACAUGGCAAAAGAAAAUAAAUAUUUGAUAGUUAGUAA